AUGAGUCUAGAUACUGCUGAAACGGGGAACGCUACACCUAUACAAGCUCAAGAUGCAACUAAAGAUGGAGAAGUGAGAAAAAUUAGUGAUAAAAAUGGACAAGUUAAGGGCAAUGAUGGUGAUGAUCUUGAUAAUGAUAAUGAUGACGAUGACAAGGAGGACGAUGACGAGGAGGACGAGGAGGACGAUGAAGACUACGAUCCCACCAAGAAGGUGGAUGAAGAUGCAGAAAUUAGUGAAGGAGAUGAUGAGGUAGAUGAAGGAGAUGGGGAAGUACCCGAUUUCUCCAAAAUAGAGUCUAGUGUUUCUCAAGUCAAAACGCGAUCGCAGAGACUACAUGAUAAACAACAAAAGCAAGUCAAGUAUAUAGGCAAAUUUGAGACUGAUUCUCGAGGGUUGGUUAAAGAAACGUGCUCGUUAGACAUAAACCUGAUAUUUGAAGAUUUAAAGCAGAAUAAAGCAGGUGAUGUUCAUGAAGAGAAUGACUUAUGGAUUAGACGAGGGCUCCAACCCACUGAAGCAGAGUCACAACAGCGAGGAGAUUCAGAAACUGGUGGAGUCAUAUCAACCGAUAACCCUAGUGAAGAUAGUGGUCAAAUUCGAAUCCAAAUCAACUAUACAUUUGCUGGGAAAUUAGUUACUGAGCUGAAAUUAGUAGAUGCCAAUUCGGAAGAAGCCAAAGCAUAUCUCAAUUCAACAAGUUCCAUCACCUCAGCAGCAGCAGCAACAACAUCAUCAUCACCAUCAUCAUCAUCAUCGUCUGCUGCUGCUGCUGCUAGUAGACGCACAGAAGUCAAGGUUAUUCGACAAGAUCCGACAACAAAAGAGAAUGUUGAGCUUCGAAUCAAAUUGAAGCGGCCUUCAUUGAUUGAUAAAUUUAUUGCCUUGAAUGGGAAUAAUAAAAAGAUGAAGUUGUCGACGUUGGAGAAGUCUCGAUUGGAUUGGGCUAGUUUUAUCGAUAAGCGGAAAAUUGGUGAUGAGUUGAAGAGACAUAAUCGAGGUGGGUAUUUGGAUAAACAAGAGUUUUUGUCUAGGGUUGAUUAUAAAAAGGAUGAGAUGUAUCAAAAAGCUAAAGAGGAGGAGAGGAAGAGACAGUUUCAGCUACAGGGAAAGUGA